AUGUUUGACCUCAAAACUGUCUCUUUUCUUCCAGCCAUAUAUAACAUAGAUGCCACGGAAGAAGAAAAUGUGAGUUCUGCCAGCACGUUUGUCUUGUUGGGUUUCUCUGAGCAUCCAUGGCUAGAGAUUCCCCUCUUUGUAGUGGUCCUGGUCUCCUACAUCUUCACCCUGAUAGGCAACAGCUCCAUCAUUCUUCUCUCCCUGGUGGAUCCCAGACUCCAGACCCCCAUGUACUUCUUCCUGGACAAUCUCUCUGUGCUAGACCUCUGUGUCACCUGCACCAUUGUGCCACAGCUGCUGGCCAACCUCUGGGGACCAGAGAAGACAAUUGCUUCCUGGGGCUGCAUCAUGCAGGCCUACCUUUUCCACUGGACAGGCUGCACUGAAUGUGUCCUGCUGGCAAUGAUGGCUUUCGAUCGUUAGGUGGCUAUCUGCAGGCCCCUCCAGUACACUCUCAUCAUGCGUCCCCGGGUGUGUGGACAGAUGGAAGCUGCAGCCUGGUCCAAUGGCCUGGCCAAUUCCCUGCUCCAAGCCACACUCACCCUCCAGCUUCACCUCUGUGAUCACCGCACCCUGGAUCACUUCUUCUGCGAGGUGCCUGUUCUGAUCAAGCUGGUCUGUAGUGACACCACUGCUAAUGAUCUGUCCUUAGCCGUGGGAGCCAUCCCCUUUGCACUGGUGGCUCCCCUGCUUGUGCUCAUCUCCUAUGCCUUCAUUGCUAGGGCUGUACUGAAGUUACCAUCAGCUGAAGGAAGGUAUAAGGCUCUCAGCACCUGCAGUUCCCACUUGGUGGUCGUCAUCAUGUACUUUGGGCCAGCAAUCUACAUGUACCUCCAUUCCCCCGCCAACAGUACCCAGGCCAAGUUCAUGUCCUUCUUCUACUGUGUUAUCACUCCGCUGCUCAAUCCACUCAUCUACACCCUGAGAAAUAAAGAUGUGAAGAGAGCAUGGAAUCCUACAAUCCUGGGGUGGGGUGAAGUCUUAAAAAGCCAGAUCAUCUCUGCCUGUCUCCUGGAACAAUGGCAUGCACACAUCAGUUAA